AUGGAGUCCAAGGCUGUUUCCGUGAUGAAUCAAGAGUUUGUGAAACUUGAUCGUUUUGAUGGGACAAACUAUGUUCGCUGGAAAGACAAGAUGCUAUUCCUACUCACCACAUUGAAGAUUUCUUAUAUACUUGAUCCAAAUCUGCCUGCUAUUUCACCACCAACUCCAGAAGAUUCUGAACAAGUGAAAGCAGAUCGAGACAAACGUGAAGAAGAUGAAUUGCUAUGCAAAGGUCAUAUUCUUAACAACUUGUCAGAUAGGCUAUAUGAUCUAUUUACUUCUGUCAAGUCUCCAAUGGAAAUUUGGAAAUCACUGGAGUUCAAACACAACUCAGAAAAACAAGGUGUGGAUAAAUUUCUCAUCAUGAAAUAUUUUGAAUUCCAAAUGGUUGAUAAUAUAUCUGUUAUGGAUCAAGUCCAUGAGUUACAUGUCCUUAUUUCAAAACUUAAAGAUUUGAAAGUGAUAGUUCCUGAAUCAUUGCAAGUUGGAGGAAUAAUAGCAAAACUUCCUCCUAGUUGGAAUGAUUAUAGGAAGAAAUUACUGCAUACCACAGAAGAUUUUUCUCUCGAACAGAUUCAGAAACACUUGCGCAUUGAAGAAGAAACAAGAAAUCGUGAUAAGAAAUUUGUUUCUGAAUCUACUACAAAAGUUAAUUUUGUGCAAGGAGGUCAGAAUUUUCAAAAGAAAAAUUCUGGAAGUAAGAGAAAGUUUUCUGAAGCAAAGAGUAACAAGAUUUAG